AAAAAAAUCAGUAAUUGUAUUUUAUUGGUGAACUGGUAAGAGAAAUUUGAAUGAAUCGGUUUUUUAUUUUGAUUUUAGCAACCGAGUAGGACAUGAAGAUCUUGCUGCAUUCUAUUGCAGCGAGCGAAACCUCACAUUUACAAUGGUGCCACGCUCUGUUGAACGAUAGAGGAAGAGAUGAAGAACAUUUGGUGCAGAGUAUCUAUGAUAACAUCCAGUGGAGACGCGGUGAUAGACGAAUCGAACGGUAAAAAAUAACGUUCCACAGUAGAGCACUUAUGAUGACUGUCCACCGUAGAAAGCGCCUUCUUCCACCAACCCUCAAAACAAUUGAACAGAAAGCAAGUCUGAAUUCAACUACUACUCUACUCUUUCAUUCUCCUUUUCUUUUCAAUUUACACAACACCAACACCAACACCAACACCUUAUCAACUCAUGGACUCACUCAACCUCCCGCCGCUUGCUUCGCCUUCAACUGGAAGUGAAGAAGUUACGAGAACGAGGAAGAAUGCGACGUUAAUCUGUAUUCCUAUAAUGGCUGAAACUAUUCAAUUAAUGAUAGCUGAUAUACAAAAAGCUAAACUCAAUGGAGCAGACGUUGUAGAAAUACGAUUAGAUUAUCUAACUACUUUCCAUCCUUAUCAAGAUCUUAACUCUCUUAUUCAACAACACCAUUCUUUGCCCUUAUUAUUCACUUACAGGCCGAAUUGGGAGGGUGGAAAGUAUGACGGUGAUGAAAAUCAACGGUUCGAUGCAUUACGGUUAGCCAUGGAAUUGGGAGCUGAUUACAUUGACAUUGAACUUAAGGUUGCUCACCAGUUUUUUGACUCUAUACGUGGGAAGACAUUCAACAAAACCAAGGUCAUUGUUUCAUCUCACAACUAUCAGAGUACUCCGUCAGUUGAGGAUCUUGGCAACCUUGUUGCAAGAAUACAAGCAACUGGGGCAGACAUAGUAAAGAUUGCAACAACCGCCGUGGAGAUCACUGAUGUGGCACGCAUGUUUCAAAUUAUGGUUCAUUCUCAAGUUCCAUUCAUUGGACUUGUUAUGGGUGACAGGGGAUUGAUUUCGCGUAUACUUUGUGCAAAAUUUGGUGGGUAUCUUACUUUUGGUACACUCGAGUCAGGGGUAGUUUCAGCUCCUGGUCAACCUACACUUAAGGAUCUGUUGUAUCUAUACAAUUUCAGACAAGUGGGACCUGAGACAAAAGUAUAUGGAAUCAUUGGGAAGCCCGUCAGUCACAGUAAAUCACCUGUAUUGUUCAAUGAAGCCUUCAAGACAGUUGGUUUUGAUGGAGUUUAUGUAUUUUUAUUGGUGGACGACCUUGCCAAUUUUUUCAGGACUUACUCAUCAACGGAUUUUGUGGGAUUCAGUGUUACCAUUCCUCACAAGGAGGCAGCCCUUAAGUGCUGCGACGAGGUUGAUCCAGUGGCUAAGUCAAUAGGAGCUGUAAAUUGUGUUAUAAGAAGACCAACAGAUGGGAAGUUGAUUGGGUAUAACACUGAUUAUGUUGGUGCUAUUUCUGCCAUUGAGGAUGGACUCCGAGAUAAAAAUAAUGGUAGUGGCACAACUAUUUCGCCAUUAGCCGGUAAGGUGUUUGUUGUUAUUGGUGCUGGUGGUGCUGGUAAGGCACUUGCUUAUGGUGCAAAAGCAAAAGGAGCGAGGAUUGUGAUUGCAAACCGCACCUAUGAUCGUGCCAGAGAACUUGCUGAUGUAAUUGGUGGAGAGGCUUUAGCCCUCGGUGAUUUAGAUAAUUACCACCCGGAGGAUGGUAUGAUUCUUGCGAACACAACAUCAAUUGGAAUGCAACCAAAAGUUGAUGAAACACCUAUUUCUAAGCAUGCAUUGAAAUUUUACUCCCUGGUUUUUGAUGCUGUCUACACGCCGAAAAUGACUAGACUCUUGAAGGAAGCAGAAGAAUCAGGAGCCACUACUGUAACAGGACUGGAGAUGUUUAUUGGACAAGCAUAUGAACAAUAUGAGAAGUAUACUGGAUUGCCAGCACCAAAGCAACUCUUCAGAAAAAUUAUGGAAAAUUAUUGAUGAGAGUGCAUCUCAAACCUAGAAGUAGGAUGGUGAGCGGCAUUGCUUACUUUUGUUUUUAACUUCAAGGUUGUGAAAGCAGAUUGCAGUUGUUCACUUUUGUUUACCCAAAAGAGAAGAAAAAUCUGUUUAGAUUGCAAUUGAAUGUUGAGGAACUUUCUUCAGGGUCGGUGAUUUAUUGUAUUUAUCUUUCCUAAUUCCCGUUAGGAAAAUUUCUCUGCAAUCACAAUUAAUAAUAGCAAAUAGUUUUUGCUUUAUAAUUGUAUUGUAUGUAACUUUUUAUAGCUGAAGAAACAUUUUUUUUUCAAUUACUUUUAUGACAAAAAUGAAGAAGAAAAAUAAGGAAAAAUCAUAUUA